AUAUGAAAACUUGAUAGAUAAAAUAGUUCGACAUGUGAACCUAAUCGAGCUGCACAUGACAAUUACAGCAUAUCUUGUCCGCGAACCGUAUUGACGGACCCUAUCGAUCAUAAGCAGACAAAAUUGUAGUGCAAAAUCCUCCCCCAAAAAGCGAAAAAUCAAGAACAGGAGUCGAGCCCGUGACCAGUCCAACACAGCUGUGUCCAUUCUUCCUCUGUAUUCCACCCACCGUUUUAGUACAUUGCCCGCCACCUUGCACUAUUCCAAUUUUUCUUCAUUAUUUUAUACAUUCUACAACGUACUCCUAUAUGUCUUUUAGCCCUUCAAACCAAUCCUUCUCCGUAUUCAUGUCGAAAAUAUCGUUGCUCCAACAAUGGAAAUUUACAGUGUAUAUGUCUUCAAUUUGGUAUUGGGGUCAAAAUACAUCAGAUAUGGGUUCAGUAAUAAAUUCUGGUACAGGGGACUAAAUGGGUAUUCUCAGAGCAGAUUUUUAAAAACAAUGCAUCUAUGCAUUGAAUAUAUGCUUGCGAUGAUACAGAAUUGUGAGUGCAGAAAAGCUGGGGACGGCAACAAAUUCCGGGACAAGAGACCAAAUGGGUAUCAUCUGAAGAUAAUCUCGAGAACAAUAAAUAUAUACAUUGAAUAUUUGUUUAUGUUGGUUCUGGGCUCUAAACGCACAGGGCAUGACGGCAGCAAUAAAUUGUGGUACAGGGGGGCAAACGGGUAUCCUCGGAAGAGAAUUUUGAGAUCGAUGCAUAUAUUCGUUGCAUCUAUGCUCAUUCUGAUAGUGGGUUCCGAAUGCGUGAGAGACGGGGGCAGCGAUAACUCUUGGCACAGGGGAAGAAAUGGGCAUGCCGAUGAACAUGGGUUUAUGAAGAAAAAUUUAUUUGGUUCUAUUACAAGAAGAGAGUUAGUGAGUUGUCCCACUUUCAAUCCUUAUCUGAAGCUGUCUGUGGAUCCUCCAGGGCCAUUGAAGGAUGUCCAGGAGUUGGAUAUAACAAUCAGUGGAGUCCUCACGCCUCUCGCAAGUGAUUGGAUUGCAAUUGUUUCCCCAUCUUCUGUCAAUGACACGGAUUGCCCUAGUGUCAAAAAAAUGUACGUAGAGACUGGUGAUGUUGCAAGGCUUCCACUUUUGUGUCAAUACCCCCUCAAGUUUCAAUUUUUGUUAGCUGAUCCCGACUACUUGACAUGCAAGAAGAAAGUAUGUCAAAAGUCCAUAGGAAGAUGGUGCUUGUGGUCAACCUGUAGUGGAACUAUAUCUGCUCGUGUUGUGAACAUCAGAACGGACAUUAUGGUCAUGUUUUUUGGUGGCGGGUUAGAUUUCCCUUGCAUUCUUGCAGACUCAGAAACAUUAAAAUUUGCCAAUCCGAAUGCACCAUUAUAUGGCCAUCUGUCAAGUGUGGAUUCAUCAUCUACUGCGAUGAGACUGACUUGGAUCAGUGGAGACAGCAAGGCACAAAGUGUACGCUAUGCGGAAGGGAAGUUGGCAUUAUCAACUGUAGCAACAUUCGCCCCAAAAGAUUUAUGUGACUCAUUUAUCAAUCCAGCUCUCAAUUUUGGAUGGCAUAAUCCAGGAUUCAUCCAUAUGGCAUUGCUGAAUGGCCUUUCCCCUUCAAAGACAUAUUCAUAUGAGUAUGGAAGUGAUGAAGUUGGAUGGAGUACUGUAAACAAAUUCUCUAUGCCUCCAGCAGCAGGUUCAAAUGAGUUAACAUUUAUCACAUAUGGAGACAUGGGUAAAGCAGAGCGUGAUGGUUUUGGUGAGCAUUAUAUUCAGCCAGGAGCAUUAAAGGUGAUAGAUGCUGUCGAGAAGGAAGUUGACAUGGGAGAUAUUGACAUGGUUCUUCAUAUAGGAGAUAUCAGCUAUGCAACAGGAUUUAUGGCUGAAUGGGAUUUCUUUCUUGAGAUGAUUGGUGCAGUUGCCUCACGAGUGCCAUAUAUGACUGCAAUUGGUAACCAUGAAAGGGAUUUUCCGAAAUCGGGAUCCUACUAUGAGGGGCCAGACUCUGGUGGUGAGUGUGGAGUGCCAUAUGAAACAUAUUUUCAAAUGCCUGUGAAUGGGACGGAUAAGCCAUGGUAUUCCAUUGAACAUGGACCAGUUCACUUUACUGUCAUGUCAACAGAACAUUCAUGGGAUAUUGGCAGUGAGCAGUUCAAUUGGAUUAAAAUGGAUCUUGCCUCUGUGGAUCGAAAACGUACUCCAUGGCUCGUUUUUGCUGGUCACAGGCCACAGUAUUCUUCUUAUGAGGGGGGAUUUAUUUUCAACACCUUAAUUCCGGCAGUGGACACUCACUUUCGAUCAGUGAUUGAACCUCUCCUCUUAUCUCAUCAGGUGGACCUGGCAUUGUGGGGUCAUGUACACAAUUAUGAACGUACUUGUGCUGUGAAUAACAGCCAGUGCUUAAAUUAUCCAAGCAGGGACAAUAAUGGGUUUGACAACUACAAUAGUUCUAAAUACUAUGCUCCAGUGCAUGUCAUAAUUGGAAUGUCUGGAUUUGCACUUGACUCUUUCAUGGCAAUGCCAAAAAUCUGGAGUUUAGUACGCAUAUCAGAAUUCGGGUAUGUUAAGGUACAUGCUGAUGCUGGACAACUUCUUGUACAGUUCAAGCUUACAGAUGGAAGGAUAGCAGAUCAAUUUGCCAUCAGUAAAUUUUGAUAUUAGCAGCCAUGAUCUGGGUUCCUGCAGACAUCUGGAGGGCAACACUCUUGUGGACAACGUCAGGCCUGAUGCCACAAUUGGCAUUAACUGCUAGACACAGACAUGAAACUAGAGCUUGCGUCUGGAUUGAGGCAUGGAUUGCAUGGUUCUGAUAGUAGAAUUCUAAAAAGCCUUGAAAAGUCUUGUAGUGUAUUUAAUAAUUGAACUUCUAAUUCCUAAAUAAUUGGACAGUAUUGUUCAUAUUAUAUGUAAUGUCUAUUGAAUCAAACAUAUAUUUCACAUGUUAUUCAAAUUCAAUCAUCUGCUGUUUAUAUA